CGCACACACACUCGCACCCGCGCGCACACGCACAGCCAGCCCGCAGCGGCGGCCGCAGCGAUGCUCGCCAGCAGGUCGGGGAAGUUUCCCGCCGGCCUUGGCCGCGGGCCCCAGUGCUCGCAGGUGUAGCGCCCCCGCGCGGCGCGGGCCGUUGGGCGUCUCCAGCAUGACCCGCCAGAGCCUGUGGGAUGUGUCAGAAGCCAACGUCGAGGAUGGAGAGAUCCGCAUCAACGUAGGAGGUUUCAAGAGGAGGCUGCACUCUCACACUCUGCUGCGCUUCCCCGAGACGCGCCUGGGCCGCCUGCUGCUCUGCCACUCGCGCGAGGCCAUUCUGGAGCUUUGCGAUGACUACGACGAUGUCCAGCGUGAGUUCUACUUUGACCGCAACCCGGAGCUCUUCCCCUACGUGCUGCAUUUCUACCAUACUGGCAAGCUUCACGUCAUGGCAGAGCUGUGCGUCUUCUCCUUCAGCCAGGAGAUUGAGUACUGGGGAAUCAACGAGUUCUUCAUCGACUCCUGCUGCAGCUACAGCUACCACGGCCGCAAAGUGGAGCCUGAGCAGGAGAAGUGGGACGAGCAGAGCGACCAGGAGAGCACCACGUCAUCCUUCGACGAGAUCCUGGCCUUCUACAACGACGCCUCCAAGUUCGAUGGGCAGCCCCUGGGCAACUUCCGCAGGCAGCUGUGGCUGGCGCUGGACAACCCAGGCUACUCAGUCCUGAGCCGAGUCUUUAGCGUCCUGUCCAUCCUGGUGGUGUUGGGGUCCAUCAUCACCAUGUGCCUCAACAGCCUGCCGGACUUCCAAAUCCCCGACAGCCAGGGCAACCCCAGCGAGGACCCUAGGUUUGAAAUCGUAGAGCACUUUGGCAUCGCCUGGUUCACAUUUGAGCUGGUAGCCAGAUUUGCUGUGGCCCCUGACUUCCUCAAGUUUUUCAAGAAUGCCCUGAACCUGAUUGACCUCAUGUCUAUCGUCCCCUUUUACAUCACUCUGGUGGUGAACCUGGUGGUGGAGAGCACACCAACCUUGGCCAACUUGGGCAGGGUGGCCCAGGUCCUGAGACUGAUGCGGAUUUUCCGCAUCUUAAAGUUGGCCAGACACUCCACUGGCCUCCGCUCCCUGGGAGCAACCCUGAAAUACAGCUACAAAGAAGUAGGGCUGCUUUUGCUGUACCUCUCCGUGGGAAUUUCUAUCUUCUCUGUAGUGGCCUACACAAUCGAAAAGGAAGAGAACGAGGGCCUGGCCACCAUCCCUGCCUGCUGGUGGUGGGCCACUGUCAGUAUGACCACUGUGGGGUACGGGGAUGUGGUCCCAGGAACCACAGCUGGGAAGCUGACCGCCUCUGCCUGCAUCCUGGCGGGUAUCCUAGUUGUGGUACUGCCCAUCACCUUAAUCUUCAAUAAGUUCUCCCACUUUUAUCGGCGCCAAAAGCAACUUGAAAGUGCCAUGCGCAGCUGUGACUUUGGAGAUGGAAUGAAGGAGGUCCCCUCCAUCAAUUUAAGGGACUACUAUGCUCAUAAAGUUAAAUCCCUCAUGGCAAGCCUGACGAACAUGAGCAGGAGCUCACCAAGUGAACUAAGUUUAAAUGAUUCCUUACAGUAGCCAGGAGGACUUCUUGUCCUCAAACCCACAUUGCUGAGCUGCCUCUAGUGCCUCUGGCACAGUCCAGGCACCUUAGGGUUAUGGCAUAAGGAAUAUGCCCAGCCCCAAAGGGGAGAGAUGCAUGGGAUAUGUGCCCCAGGUUGUUUUUACAGUAUUUAGAAUCAUUUUUAGAGGAUGGUGUGUCUGACACCAUGCCUUUGAACCUUUCAAUGAAAUGACACUCACUGGUCUUUGCAUCGUGGGCAUAAAAUGUUCACCUUUCUGCUGGAUGAGUGCCACCCAGAAUGCUAAUUUUUAUGUUCACUGUGUACUCUAUUCUAGUGCUCAUGGCCCAGUACUAUCUGUGAAUUGUUUGUGCUCCUGUUUCUGAGGUUGUCAUGUGAAUUCUGCACAAAAUGCCUCCACAAGUCUGUCCAGUGGAAACACAUCUAUGGGGUCAGCAAGGCUAUGAUGGGAUUUUGCUCACAUCAUGUGUAAACAAAAUCUCAGUUCUUUAUUCAUUGCUUUCAUUUAGUUUUAAUACCAAAACAAAGAGAAUGUGAAGUUAAGCACAUGACCAAUGCAAGUCUAUGAGUUGUUUUUAUAAAUUAUCUGUAGCUCUGUGACAUGCAUGGGUACACUGGUCACUUUUAGAACAAUGUAUGCUGAUGUUCAUGUCAUAAAUGUUGCUCUUUAGAGAAUGUUACUCAGUUAAACAUGUAGUGCAGACAGAAAUGUUUUUACUAGAACAGAUGCAUUAGGGACAGAGGCUUCAGCUAAACAUAGGCCAAAUUGCAGGAUACUUAAAGGAUUUUCAAAUCCAGGCCUCUGUUUUUCCUACAGUGACCGUGGAGACAUUUAUUUCGGGCUGAGGAUCCUGGUCUAGGCCAUUUGACCAAACUUUGCUGUGUCUUAGAUAUUAGCAUGUUUUUAAAAUAUUUAUUUUUUAAAAUGUUUAGAAAUAAGGUCAUGUUGUCUUCCUCAACUACAAAUAAAUUGUUGUAUUGUCUCCCUGAGGUAAAUAUUGUAGGGUUGUUAGCAAGGGCAGUAGCUUAGAAACUUUUGUUGCCUGCUCUGCAAGCUUAUAAAAUGAGAGCCAUUUUAUUUCCAAGCAGAAUUUACUUCGAUAAUUUUGCUUCUAGGAUAGACUAUGUUGUAUAUGAUGCUCUAAUUGCCCUGGAGUUCCUGAUAUGACAUGGAAACCUGUUGGUGUGGCAGUGUGUCCUCAAAAUAUUCAAAUGCAUGGAGGCUGUGUUGCUUACCCAUAAUGGAAAUACUGUAGUCCUUAUUUCCAUUUCAACUACUUUUUUAUUGGAGAGGGGGGGUAGAGGACAAGAAAAAAGGAAAGAGUUGUAAAACAAAACAUUGCUACUGUCAUAAAUAAUUAUAAACUUCUUGAAAAGCUUAAUGCUAUUUAAAAGGCCUUUAAACUUCUAAACUUGUGCUGAAGGUUAAGAACUCUUGCCUUCUCCAAAAUGUCCUUCCUCUUCUUCAGUUACCAAGCACAUAACAUUGUAAAGGGGAAGCUGGGCCCCUUUGUAAGAUAGUUCUCCAUUAUUUUCUAUGUAAUCGGUUGCCUUUCAUUAUUGUUCGGUCUUUGGAAAGGCUGCAGAAUCCAGGGGUCUCAGUGUGGAGUUAGGCAGGCUUUUUCUCCAAGGCUUGGGCCUUCCCUAAAGAGGUCCAUUCCCUAAGAGGUCCAGUCCUUAGUUGAAGGCAAUACAUACCUCAUGGAGGUGUGGUAAGGAUUUUGUCAGAAGGCUUUGUGUACUUGUAGUUGCCAUGGCUACUACAGAGUGGGUGAUGUAUU